AUCCAAAUCAAUUUUCUCAUCUCUUACGUAAGAUUCAAUUCUUCCAAUUCCCAUUCCACAAUUAUUAAUUUAACCCCAAAAAUCUCUCCUUUCUCCAUCACUCUCUCACUCUUCUUCACUUUCGCCGCUUCACUCAACAAUGGAUAACCCCACCGGCGCCGUCCUCUUCACCACCAUCGGCCUCAACCAAUACGGCUUCGAUAUCUUCUCUGUUGCACUCAAUUCCCCCACCGUCGAACGCCGUCUCACCGACGGAAUCUCUGUCAAUUUCAACGCCCAAUUCCUCAAUAACCAACUUUCCGUUGUCUUCAUCUCUGAACGCUCCGGCUCUUCUCGAAUUUACCUCUCUGAUUCCCCUAAUUCUUCCCCUAAAUUGCUUGCUUCCGCCCCCGGAAGCUGCUUUCAUGACCGACCCAUCGUUAGAAAUGGCCGACUCCUUUUCAUCUCUGCUCAUGAAAAUCCCCACAAGCCCUUCACCAGCUGGGCUGCUCUGUAUUCCACUCCGUUGGACGGCGACGAUUCGAUUACCCGGCUGACUCCUCUCGGGUCCGUCGAUUUCAGUCCAGCGGUUUCCGGAAGUGGGAAGUUUGUGGCGGUUGCUUCUUAUGGCUCUCGUUCUUGGGGCGGCGAAUUUCAUGAGCUGAACCUAGAAAUUGUUGUGUUUAAAUCUUCUGACCCGGAUCGGCGGGUUGUGGUUGCCAGUCGGGGUGGAUGGCCAUCGUGGUCCGGCGACUCCACGGUCUUCUUCCACCGGAAGGCCGAGGAUGGGUGGUGGAGCAUUUUUAAAGUGGAGAUUCCUGAAAAUCUUGAUUCCUCUAUGUCCUCUGAUUCCCCAGUUCCAAUCCGGGUCACUCCGGCGGGUCUUCAUUGCUUUACUCCGGCUGCCAUGAACGACAGCAGACUAGUUGUCGUCGCUACACGAAGAGCCGACAGUAAAUUCCGACACAUCGAGAUUUUCGAUUCUGAAUUGGAAGAAUUCAUCCCAAUUACCCAGAAAUUGAAUCCCGAUUUCCAUCAUUACAACCCGUUUGUCUCACCGGAUUCCAAUUUCAUCGGAUACCACCGAUUUCGCGGCGAGUCAACUCAAAGCGAAUUGAUUCCAUAUCUCAGUCCGGUAAUUUCCCCAAUUAAAGAACUCCAAAUGAUCAGAAUAAACGGUUCGUUCCCAACGCCGUCACCUGACGGCGAUUUAAUCGCCUUUAAUCCCAAUUUCAAUGGAUUACAAAUCGUUAAAUUUGACGGCUCAAAAUGUCGAACCGUUUUAAAAGAUCGAACCGCCUUUUACAAUUCGUGGAGCCCAACGGAGAAAAACGUGAUUUACACUUCGUUAGGACCCAUUUUCGGGGCGGUAACAGCAACGGUCCAAAUCGCUCGGAUCACGAUCAACUCUGAUGAUCUCAAAGAUGGUGAUAGCGAUGAAGUUUCCAGUGAAGUAAAGAUUCUUACAAAAGACUAUACCGGAAACAAUGCCUUUCCGGCGUGCUCACCGGACGGUAAGUUUCUGGUCUUCCGGUCUGGGCGAUCAGGACACAAGAAUCUUUACAUCGUCGACGCCGUGAAGGGCGAGUUUGAGGGGGAAUUACGACGGUUGACGGAUGGAGCGUGGAUUGAUACAAUGCCUAACUGGUCGCCGAGGGGAGAUCUCAUAGUAUUUUCUUCAAAUAUGCAUAAUCCAAAGAACACCGAAGCAUUUAGUAUAUACGUCAUAAGACCGGACGGUUCGGGGUUGAGGAGAGUAUACGUGGCUGGACCGGAAGGGUCUAGUGAGGUGGACAGGGAGAGGAUUAACCACGUGUGUUUUAGUAGAGACGGUAAAUGGCUUUUAUUUACAGCGAAUUUGAGUGGGGUGACAGCAGAGCCGGUGUCGUGGCCCAAUCAGUUUCAGCCAUAUGGCGAUCUGUUUGUGGUGAGAUUGGAUGGGACCGGGUUAAGGAGGCUGACGUGGAAUGGAUAUGAAAAUGGGACUCCCACUUGGUAUUAUGGGAGUGAGGUGGCACUUUCUGGUUUGAGCUUGAAAGAUGAGGUGGUUGGUGAGAAGUUGAAAGGAAAUUUUGAUGAACCGCUUUGGAUAACGUUUGAUUGAUGUUUAUGUUUGCCAAUAAAUGUUUUUUUUUUUUUAAGAUUUCGUUGAACUUUAAAAUAAAAAAGGUGCAUUCUAUACAAUUGAAUUUUGGUUGAA